AUGGCGGUGGUUGCACUGGAUCUGGUCGUUGCCAAUCUAAACAAGCAUGUUAUUUUCAAAACGCCUGUUGAUAUAACAGUGUUUGAUCUCUGUCGACACAUUCAGUCCAGUAUAAAAAAUGCAGGUCAUGGUCCAGGAUGGGGUAUGAUUGUCAGGUUUAAUUUUAUUCAGCUGACUACAGGCGGAAGUUACAUACAUGUCGAAGUUGCGACGGCUCGUAGUGAGCACUUUAGACGGGACGCGGAAGACGCUUCAGGCAUUACUAAUCAUGAGGAAUACUCUUUAAUUCAUGAAAAGGGUCGUACACAGACCCUACGACGUCCAAAAAAUGCUGCAAGGGAUUACGACAAGUUAGAAACGUUGAAGCAUAAAUUACAGACUGAUGAUGGAGCUAAUUGGCUUCCUCACGCCAAGACAUUCAGACAACUGGGCAUUGAAGAAACGGAUAACCUUCUCCUUCAGCGCAAAUAUUUCUUCUCCGACCAGAACAUCGGAGCUAGGGAUCCUGUCCAACUCAAUCUACUUUUCAUUCAGCUCAAAGAGGCCAUCCUUAAUGGUGCUCAUCCUAUCAGUCUCAGUCAAGCCAUUGAACUGGCCGGACUUCAGUGCCAAGCUGAAAUGGGAAACUUUAUUCCUGAAAAGGCUAAAUCGCUUUGUAUCGAGUGUGUUAUUAAUGUUUAG